CGGAAUAAAUCGGGGAGGUUCCGGAUUCCCUGGAUCGGCCUGGGAUAGAGAGAAGAGCAGAGGGAGACAUCAUUUUUAAAACUUUAUUCAGGUACAUUAAACUGAGGUUUGGGCUCCUGGUCACUGGCGAUGUCUCAGUCUGGAGAGAAAGGGAAGUUCCCAGAGGCUGCAGGAUAUGUGGGAUUUGCCAACCUGCCGAAUCAGGUCCACAGGAAGUCGGUGAAGAAGGGAUUCGAAUUCACCCUGAUGGUCGUGGGAGAGUCGGGCCUGGGGAAGUCGACGCUCAUCAACAGCCUGUUCCUCACGGACCUGUACCCGGAGCGCUACAUCCCUGGGGCCGCAGAGAAGAUCGAGCGCACGGUGCAGAUCGAGGCGUCCACGGUGGAGAUCGAGGAGAGGGGGGUGAAGCUGCGGCUCACGGUGGUGGACACGCCGGGCUACGGCGACGCCAUCAACAGCCAGGACUGCUUCAAGACCAUCAUCCAGUACAUCGACAACCAGUUCGAGCGCUACCUGCACGACGAGAGCGGCCUGAACAGGAGGCACAUCGUGGACAACCGGGUGCACUGCUGCUUCUACUUCAUCUCGCCCUUCGGACACGGCCUGAAGCCGCUGGACGUGGAGUUCAUGAAGGCCAUCCACAGCAAGGUGAACAUCGUCCCAGUCAUCGCCAAGGCCGACACCCUGACGCUGAAGGAGCGCGACAGGCUCAAGAGGAGGAUCCUGGAUGAGAUCGGGGAGCACGGCAUCCGCAUCUACCAGCUCCCGGACGCCGACUCGGACGAGGACGAGGAGUUCAAGGAGCAGACGAGGGUGUUGAAGGCCAGCAUCCCCUUCGCUGUGAUCGGCUCCAACCAGCUGAUCGAGGUCAAGGGGAAGAAGAUCCGCGGCCGGCUGUACCCCUGGGGUGUGGUGGAGGUGGAGAACCCCGAGCACAAUGACUUCCUCAAGCUGCGCACCAUGCUGGUGACCCACAUGCAGGACCUCCAGGAGGUGACCCAGGACCUGCACUACGAGAACUUCCGCUCCGAGCGCCUGAAGAGGGCCGGCAGGGCGGUGGAAGACGAGGUUGUGGACAAGGACCAGAUCCUGUUGCAGAAGGAGGCUGAGCUGCGCCGGAUGCAGGAGAUGAUCGCGCAGAUGCAGGCGCAGAUGAGGAGGAAGCCGGCGGACGAGUGAGGGGGGGGUUGUCGGCAGCGGAGGGGGGGGGGGGGGGGUACGAGCUGUCCUCCCCCUGCACAGUGACGCAGCAGAGCCAAGGCCACCUCUGUCCACCCCCGGCUCCUCCCUCCUGCGCGCCGCUGACAGGACUCCUGCCCCCCUACGCCCCGGCGCCGGGGCAGGGGGGCCCCCGAGUCCGGCCUGCCUCCGCGACGCCACCCGCAGCCUCUCUCCCUCCCUCCCCCCCCGUCCGUCUCCUUCCCGGCCCCGAGAGGCCCCUGCAGUCCCAGCAGCUCCGGCUCGUCUGCUCCCGGAGCCCCUCUCGCGCGUCUCAUUCCGCUGCAGCGGGACCUGGGCCGCGCUGAGCGCCGUGGCCGGUCGCCGCCGGCGGGGCGUGCCGUGUUUCGGCCUGUCCCAGCGCCCGGACCCUCACCCCGAUCCCCCACCCCCCCUGGGCCUUGCUGUGAGAUCUGCCACAGCAGGACCUGGGGGCAAUCCCAGAACCCUCUGGGAUAAAUCCCGCAGAUGGAAAAGUCUUCGGCUGAGCAGUGGGGCGCUGGGAGGGGUGGAGAACCAGGGCCUUCCCCGGAUAGUACUGUUAGUUUUCCCCACCGGAAAGCAGCUUGCAAGUCAUCGUUCCUGUCUGCUCUGAGCCUCCCUCUUAGUUCCCCUUUUUUAUUGCAAACCGUUUUCUUGGAAAGCUCCGCUGCUCUCGUUUCCCAGUCGCUCGGAACGCUGCGUUUUUUGGGGGUUUUCAAGACAUUCUCUCGAAAGCCCUCAGAAAAAUGACGCGUUCAGCCAGGCUGCAGGCCGAGGGCCCAUGCUACAAACACCCCCAGGGGUCUGAAAGUGACGGGCUGGGACCCCCUGCUGCAGGGAUCCUGGAGGGCAGGAUCCUGGUCGGUCUGGGGGUCAUUUUCCCCAGAUCCCUUAAGGAUCAUGGGUCUACAGCAGGGCUCCCAAAGUCCAGUCCUCAAGGGCAGCACCACAGCGGGCUUGGCAGGUAUCCUUACAGUUAAGCCAGUGGGUCAGAAUUAAAUAAGACCUAAUUGGCGCACCAAUUAAGCUUUCAUUGAGCUAAUUUAACCCUCGCGCUGAGGAGCUGUGCGGCUGAUGUUUCGGGGCGCCUGCAAACCUGGGCUGUGGCCCUCGGGGACAGGACACGGGGACUCUGGGACACGGGGGGGCUCACUCCAGAGAAGGAUUGGACAAGAAGGUGAAUCCGAGCUCCUUCAUAGGCUCAGCGUGGGAACGGGAGGCUGUUUGAUAUCUCGGUAUGGUGUGAAGUCUGCUCCCCCUGCGCUGGGUUCCUGUGCCAGGGCCAGACUGGCGCAUGCUGGCACCCCCAGUCCCCUCUCCCGCGGGUGCUGAAAGCAGAUGGCACGGUCAGCCCUGGCUGAUGGGAGCAUCACGCAGAUCCUCCCCCCCCGCCACCACGUUCUCGUUUGGGAUCGGUACGCGUUUCUUGCGAGCUCGCUUUGUCUUCGCUGUCAGGGAAGAGAGAAGGCAACCGAGGGCCACGCUGCACGAGAAACACCUCCACGUUUUCCUGAUAUUUCCUUUGUUUUAAGCCCCGUCUGCUGUGAGGGUGCCGGAUGUUGCCGGUUGUACCGCGUUCGCGGUAUCGGGCUGGCACAGAGCUCGGGGACGGCGCUCUCAGCGCGGGGGGAGGUUUAGUUGCUUCUGAAGGCAGUAACUGGCGGUGCAGGACAAGACGGAGGAAAAGCUUAUCGCAGCAAAAUCCCGACUCAUCCUCUGCAGUUUCUCCGUGAGCCGAGGGUGGGCUGUCCCAGGCUGUUCCAGAUCCCGCGCUGUCGGAGCUCCGCAGCCUGGCCCGGACACGCGUCGGACCGGACCGGACCGGUCCUGGACUGGCUCUAAAAGACUCCCGUUUUAUCGAGGAGGCAGGGCGCUGAAAACCCCCUCUCCUUGUUGAAGAGGGGCCGGAGGAAAGUGACAGCUUGGCGUGAGUUUUUUAUUUUUUCCCCGGGCGUUGUUUUCCAGACGUGAGCUCUGUGCCAGCCCGCGGCCGCCGCCACUGUGGCCCGGGACCCUUACCCCUCCGGGGCCGAGCCCAGGUCUCCGGCGCUGGCUCUCUGCGCUUCUGGGGCCGGGCCGGACCGGGUCUGUGUUCUGUCAGACUUCCCGUGUGUCUUUAUUUUAUUUUUUUCGGAUUUCCACACUACAGUUUUAAUAAGAACCUUUAACAAUAAAAGAUUUGAAGAGAA